GUUCCACCUCUUUCUGUAUGCAAUGACAAUUGCUAUUCAGGCUACAGUAAGAAGAAAAUAGACGGGAGGCCAUUUUGCUGUUAUGAUUGCCUUCCGUGUGCAAAAGGGAAAAUUUCAAACCAGAUGGAUGCAGUUGAUUGCUUCCAAUGUUCAGAAGAUCAGUAUCCAAACAAGGCACAAAAUCUUUGCAUUCUAAAACAAAUAAUAUUCUUGUCUUACAGUGAGCCACUGGGAAUCACCUUGGCCACUGUCAGUCUCUUCUUUUCUUUCAUCACAACUUUGGUGCUGGGAAUCUUCAUUAAACAGCGGGACACCCCCAUAGUCAAAGCCAACAACAGGAACUUCACCUACAUUCUUCUCAUUGCCCUCUUGCUCUCGUUCCUUUGCACUUUGCUCUUCAUUGGCCAACCUGACCAAGUGAAAUGUCUCUUGAGACAAACUGCUUUUGGCAUCAUCUUCUCUGUAGCCAUUUCUUGCAUAUUGGGGAAAACGACCAUAGUGGUUCUUGCUUUCAUGGCCACCAGGCCGGGCUCCAAAAUGAGGAAGUGGGUGGGGAAAAGGCUGGCCAACACUAUUGUCCUAUCUUGCUCCCUAGCACAAUUCACCUUUUGUGUAGUGUGGUUAGCAAUGUUUCCCCCAUUCCCAGAUUCUGACAUGCUCUCCAUGGCUGAAGAAAUUGUCCUGCAAUGUAAUGAAGGUUCAACCACUAUGUUUUAUACUGUUCUUAGUUUUCUGGGGUUCUUGACUUCUAUCAGCUUUACAGUAGCCUUCCUAGCUAGGAAGUUACCUGACAGCUUCAAUGAAGCUAAAUUCAUCACCUUCAGCAUGUUGGUCUUUUGCAGUGUCUGGGUGUCAUUUGUUCCUGCCUACCUAAGCACCAAGGGCAAAUACACAGUUGCUGUGGAGAUCUUCUCUAUUUUGGCUUCUGCAGCUGGAUUACUGGGCUGCAUCUUUUCCCCCAAAUGCUAUGUUAUUGCGCUAAGGCCAGACUUGAACAAAAAGGAACAACUAAUAAAGAGAGAAAAAUGA